GCCAAGCUGGCUUAUGCCUCCCACUAGCGAGCUUGCAAUCGCAAACUCGCGCUCUACACUAGCAGAAGAAAUUCGAUGCGUGACCGAUGCCACCGACGCGGCAACAUAUGCCAGCAUCCUCCGCAAGUGCUGCGUCGAGAAAUCUCUCGAGCAAGCCCGGCUAGCGCACUCCAAGCUGCGCAAGAGCGAGCACCGGGACAGUCGAUUCAUUCAGAACUUGCUGGUGGAGAUGUAUGGCAAGUGUGGCAGCACCCAAGAUGCGUCCUUGGUCUUCGAGAGCAUGCGAGAGAGAAAUGUGGUGUCUUGGAAUGUCAUGGUUUCUGCCAUGGCCAAGAACAAGCAGCACGCCCAAGCCAUCGAAGUCUUCCGGAGAAUGCUGCUCGAUGGAACCAGGCCACACAAAGUAACGUAUCUCAGUGCUCUCGAUGCUUGCUCGGGCUUGAGCGUUGAUAUCGGACGACAAAUCCACAGGCUUAUCAAUGAGAGUGGCUGUGAUCAAGACUUGGCUGUGGCAAACAGCGUGAUCAACAUGUAUGGGAGGUGUGGUGGGAUCGACGACGCAAAGAUUGUGUUUUCGAGCAUGGAGGUACGAGAUGUUGUCUCCUGGAACUCCUUCCUCUCAGCAUAUGCCCGUAAUGGGUAUUCCAUUCGAGUUUUGGGAUUGUUUGAGGAGAUGGAUGUGAAGCCGGACAAGGUGACUUAUCUUGCGGUUCUAGACGCAUGCGCCACAAUGGCUGCUUUGCAACGAGGAAAAGAGAUCCACCAUCGCAUAGCUGUGGAGGACGAGCAGCUUCUCUCGGACACUAUGCUUGGGAACUCGCUGCUCAACAUGUAUGGCAAAUGCCACAGCGUGGACGACGCAGCUAAAGUUUUUGAGUCGAUGGAUGGUCGCAGGAGGGUUGUCACUUGGACAGGGAUGAUAUCGGUCUACGCUCAAAACAGCCAUGGCUGGGACGCUUUGAGAUUGUUUCGAGAGAUGGACCAGGAAGGGGUGAAGGCAAACGUGGUUACAUUUGUGACGAUCUUGGAUGCUUGUGCCGAUGUUGGUGCGCUAGAAAAGGGCCGAGAAUUGCACGCUCGGAUCGUCCAAGCUGGGCUCUCGAGCAGCGUGAUCCUGGGGAACAGUGUGAUGAACAUGUAUACGAAGUGUGGGAGCUUGGAGGAUGCUAGAAGUUUGUUUGAGAUCCUUCUUCACGACAAUGUGGUGGCCUGGAACACACUGAUGACGAUGUUUGUCAAGCAUGAGAAAUUCAGUGAUGUUCUACACUUGCUUUGCAAGAUGGACAACGAAGGCUUAAGGCCGGACGAGAUCACUUAUCUCAACGUUGUAAGCUCGCUGGAAACUCCAAACACUCCACUCUUUGAACGCGUCUUUGCGAGGAUUGUCUCCGAUGGUUUAGAAUCCAAUCUCUUCGUAGGUCAUGCUCUUGUGAGCUUGCAUUGUCGCAGUGGAAACUUGGAGCAAGCCAGGAAGAUAUUCGAUCUGGUGGAGAGACGAGGAGUGGUGGCAUGGACGGCCAUGCUGUGUGGAUAUGCCGAGAGAGGACUCGGGAGAGAAGCUCUCCACCUUUUGAGAGAGAUGGAUCUGGAGGGUAUAAAGCCUGACUCGGUGACUUUCAUUGGAGCGGUGGAUGCUUGCGCUAGCCUUCCGUGCCUAACACGAGGAAGAAACAUCCACCAAAGAAUCGAGAGAAUCUAUGGGUCUCAACUCGACACAAACCUUGGAAACGCGCUUGUAAACAUGUAUGGAAAGUGUGGCAACUUGGUUCUAGCAAGAGGAACGUUCCAGUUAAUGAGAAAAGAUCUUGUCUCUUGGAAUGCCAUGAUCGCAGCGUAUGCCCAUAACGGGCAUGGCAGUGAAACCGUGGAGCUCUUGCUAGAGUUGAGCUUGGAAGGGAUAGAACCCGACCACAUAACUUUGCUGGGAGUGAUUUUUGGUUGUGGCAAUGCUGGGCUCCUGGAAGAUGGGCUCGAGUACCUGACGAGGAUGUACGAUGACUAUGGAUUGAUCCCACAAAUGAAUCACUAUGGCUGCAUGGUUGAUCUCCUUGGAAAGGCUGGGUGGCUUGAGCAAGCAAAAACUUUGAUUGACCAUAUGCCAGUGCAAGCCGAUGCAAUAGCCUGGCAAGCUCUAUUGGGUGCUUGCAACACGCAUGGAGAGGUAAAACUUGGAUCUAGAGUAGCCACGCAGGUGGUGGAAAUGGCGCCAAGAGGUACUAGUACAUAUGUUCUCCUCUCAAACAUCUAUUCCGGUGUAAGAAAAUAAUAGCCCGUAAGUGCGAUUCGCAAUCUAUAAAACCUCCUUUUUCAUCCACUUGUGAUGCUAGGCGAUGAUCUAGUGUUAGUGUGCAAGGCGAUGCCAUUGCUUGCAGACGCGCGCGGCUUUGAGGAUGAGAUCUGGGCUUGAAGCAAGACAAGAUUUCGAGCUCAGGGAGCUUGUGGCCCGCAAAACUCCCAGAGAUCCAUGGUUGGAGCCAUGGGUUGUGCUACAGUGUGGCCACCGCUUGCAUAUCCAAUAUCCAAUAUGCAACAGUUCAUUUCUGUUGUGUCCUAGCUGGAUGAUGGUCCUUCACUGGACACUCUCCUCAACAGGGAGCUUGAUCAUGAAUUUUCUUUCCACACAGAUUUGAAAUACCUAAAAAAUAAAGAAAGUUAAAUUUAAAAAAA